AUGCAUGCUGUUUGUUCGCGAAGUGCAAUUUAUCAUUUAAAUGAACUUGCUGAGGAUCGACAAUUCGACCAGUUUUUGAAACAAAAAUUUACGGGGAAAUCGGUAAUUUGUAUCGACGACGGUUCAUUGAUUGGAUUAAUGCUUGCAAAAUAUGCAAAAGUUGUUGAAAUUAUCCGAAUGAAUCCUCAUUUCUUGGAAAUUACAUUGGGUUAUAUUACCACAAACGCAAUCCGGAAUGUUUACGCUUCUCAGGAUGAAAAUUACGCAAUCUGUGAUCGUGUGAGCUUAAAGUUUUUGCUAAAAGUUAAGAAUAAUGUCUCUUAA